AUGGACGGAAGGAAAGUGAUUGGUUGGGCUGCCAGAGAUACAUCUGGAUUUCUGUCGCCUUACUCAUUCCAUCUCAGGAAAACAGGUCCCGAAGAUGUAUUGUUCAGGGUGUUAUAUUGUGGGAUAGAUCACACUGAUCUUCACCAGAUGAGGAGUGAGAUUCACACUACCAACUACCCUUUGGUCCCCGGGCAUGAAGGGGUGGGAGAAGUUGUGGAGUUGGGUUCCAAAGUGGGUAAGUUCGGAAUAGGGGAUGUUGUAGGAGUUGGUUGUAUUGUUGGAUCAUGUGGGGAGUGCUUACCCUGCAAGUCCAACAUGGAGCCGUACUGCAGCAACAAAAUUUUCACUUACAAUGGCGUCUACUAUGAUGGAAGGCCCACUCAGGGCGGCUACUCUUCUGCCAUGGUGGUUCAUCAAAGGUUUGCUGUUAAAAUACCAGAAAAGCUUGCACCAGAGCAGGCAGCACCUCUUUUAUGUGCUGGGGUAACAGCUUAUAGUCCAUUGAAACAAUUCAUGGGGUCUAAUAAGGCCAUCAAGGCAGGAAUCUUAGGAUUGGGAGGGGUCGGUCAUCUGGGUUUGCUGAUAGCAAAGGCAAUGGGCCAUCAUGUGACGUAG